GCUCCGAGUCCCGCUCCCAUUCCCGAUACCGACCUGAGCAACUCGGCCACCUCCGCCACCUCCUCCGCCUCCUCCUCAACCAUCGUCUCUGGCUCCCAUGGCCCAUGGGCCCAAAACCAAAACCAAAACCAAAAUGUCGACAACGACCCCCACCACCAAGUCUGGGGCAUAGUCUACCUCCUCACCCGCACCCAAUACGACCGUUUUCAACGCCAACACCUUUCCCCCCCACAACCCCAACCGCAGCACCUACGACCUCGUCAACCUCGUCAACCACGACUCCGUCUGCCUCGUCAAUUCGGUAUACCAAUGAUCUUCACCCGCCAGAACCAGAACGAAGCCCAACCCUCCCGGGUCACCCGAACCCUCCCCGAGGUCCAAGUGCACUUCUUCCAGCAUGACCUCCUCCGGCAAUCAGCCGCACGACAACAUGUCUUUCCGGAAACAGCGGGAGAUGCGGUGCAGAGGCAUUUGAGCGAGGUGAGAGAUUUGAGGUUGGUGAGGGUUUUGAUUCGUCGUAAUGGGGCUGGUGCUGGUGAUGAUGAUGCUGUAGCUGAGGCUGUCUCUGAUGCUGUUGCUGGUGGUGGUUAUGCAGAAGGAAGGGAAGGAGUUGAAACCGAGCUAACCUGGCGGGAACAAGGGGAAAAGGAGAGGAGAGAAGAGAUGGUCAGCGGGUUAGCCAGGUGGUCAAAAGAUUUGGUGAGGCGAGGGGUUCCGACGAAUUGGGUGAGGGAGGUGGUGGUGGGGUUGGCUGGGAGGGUUGAGAGGGGGGCGGUUGAUGUCAACGGGGAGGAAGAGGAAUUGGAGGUAGUAACCUCAAGGGUUGACGACGAGGAAGAGGGGGUGGACGAAGGGGCAGUGGAGGGUCAAAUAAUCGAAGCUAUGGAUUCUUUCGCGAGAAAUAUAUGGGGCGCGUCGAGAGGGGUUUUGGGUAUGGCGAGGAGGGGAGUCGGAGAGUUGCUUGCCCAAUUUAGGGGCGAGGGGGAGGGGGAGGAGGAGGAAUGGGACUUGGUGGAAUUUCCAGAUCAGCGCGGACGGGGGAGGUGGAGGUGACGGGAAGGGGAAGGGUUUGAGAGUGUUUUGUGUUCCUUCAUUUUGGUUCUGACGCUGUACAGUCCAAUACUGGUUUGUUUGUUCGCUCAAGACCUGGGAUCAACUUCCCUAGGUGUUUUUAUAUCUAAUUGAUCCGUUUCGUUC